AGACCAAAUCCAGCCCACCCGAAACGUAGUCUUUGGGCGAGCCCGUCCCACCAUGGCAUCGCAGUCGCUCCUGGACGGUUUGCCGACGGCUGCUCCCGCUGCUCCACGAUCCAGAUGCCGUUUCGCAGAUGUCGCAGUAACAGCGACGGCGAAGGAAUUCUCAGGCAUAUACCGUGGAAAGCAAUAUCAUGCACCAGAUUUCGAUGCUGUACUAGAUCGAGCGCUGGAAGUUGGAGUGGAAAAGGUCAUGCUGACAGGAAUGUCUCUCCCCGAUGUACAAUUCAAUCUCGAGAUCGCAAGAAGACGUCCCGAGCAGUGUAAGAUAACUAUUGGCGUGCAUCCAUACCAUGCAGCCGAGGCCGAUGAAGGUGGGGAGGAAUAUUUCCAAAAGUUGGGUUUGAGCGUCACGAAACUGUUGGAUGACGAGCCGGAUAGGAUAGCAGCAUUCGGAGAGUUGGGGCUCGAUUAUGAUUACCUCGCUCAUGCACCAAAAGAGGCACAGAUUCGCACGUUCAAGCGGCAACUCGACAUGAUCGUGGAAGCACAGUGGAACGUACCUCUGUUCCUGCACUGCAGAGCAGCCUUCGACGACUUCGUCUCCAUUUUGGCACCGUAUCUGUCGAGAUUGGCUUUGCCAUUGGGUCUCGUGCAUUCUUUUGUGGGCACUGCCGAACAAAUGCGAAAACUUACGGAACUCGGUCUUGAAAUCAGCGUAAACUCAUUCAGCUUUCGCGAUCCCGAUAGUCUUCAAAUGGUGAGACAGGCUCCGCUGGACAAGCUACAGAUCGAGACGGACGCACCUUGGGGUGAGAUUCAAGCUUCAAGCGAGAUAUCGAGAACGUACCUAAAGAAUGCAAGUGCAUGGACUUGGGGUUCUAAGAAGAAGGAUAAAUUCGAAUUGGGAAAGAUGAUAAAGGAGAGGAAUGAAAGUUGUGCUAUGGAACGGGUGGCACUUAUUGUCGCAGGUCUGAAGGAACUCAGCGUGGACGAGGUCGCCGAGCAAGCUUGGACCAACAGCAUUGAGAUGUUUUUCAAGAAAAGAUAAAGAUG